AUGACUAACCAGAAGCCCACACCUACCAGCUCCAAGCCAGCCGAUGCUGCUGAAGAAGCCGUUCCUUCCUACGAAACUGCUCUGCGAGAAGGCGCUGCUGGAGGCAUCGGUGCUGGACCAUCCCAUUCCACCACGCCCACGGCACCGCAGACUCAGCCAAGCUACGGAUGCUCACCAUACACGCCACACGGAACAGCUCGGAUCAUCAUCGUUCCUGCUCCUCAUUGGCACCAACACGCUCAUCAGCCUCUUCUGCCUGCGCCGGCAACGAUGGAAACUCCCGCAGUCCGAAGAGCCACUCCUCGCUUCUUCCUCGCUCUGCUACAAGCUUUCAUGAUCUACAUGCUCAUCAACCUCCUCGUCGACCUCACCGUCACACGCAAGUGGUGA